AGAUAUCAAUGGGUCACAGAUUUGUAAGUGCUUGUGUCUUGCCAGACAAAUCAACUAACAAAACCGUAUGGUACUUUGUCAUUCUCUGCUAUUGUAUGAGAUUUCGAGUGAAUGAUUUUAAGUACACACCUGAAGCAUCCUUCUGAUUAUUCCUUUGUUUUCAGAUCCCUACACAGUCUGUAUCUGACAUCUAUUCGCUGUCCUUUGUUUCCUAAAUAAACCUUAUGAUUAUUACGCUAAUAGGGUGUAUUGAAUGGAGUGCCUUGUUAUAUAUAUCAUGGGUGUGACUGGAGGUAGUUGAGCUGACUUUUAAUUGUGGAGUUUAGGAUGGGAGGAAGCACUAGAAGAGUGGAGGAUUCUUCUGAUGCAACAUUGAAUGAAGGGCAGAACUCUAGUAUGGUGUCUUACAACAAGGGUAGUAGUUGGAAGACAACUAGUCUAUCUAGAAAUGUGUCAAGGAAUGCUGAAUAUGAUGAGGAGGAGAAUGCUGAAUUUCAUAGGGGAAAUGCGUUUGAUGAGAACAAUGUCCAUGGUAUUAUAAUGUCCGAGAAGACACUAGUGGGAGAGGUGCAUAAAGUUGGUAUACCUGAAUAUAAGAGUUCAGUGCACCAAUUCAAUGCAAAGGUGAAGGAGACAUUUUUUCCUGAUGACCCAUUUAGGCAGUUUAAAGGUCAGCCUUGGGGUAGGAAGUUGUGGUUGGGAUUUCAAUAUUUCUUCUCCAUACUUGAAUGGGCUCCUCGAUACAGCAUUGGUCUUUUCAAGUCUGAUGUUGUUUCUGGUAUCACCAUUGCAAGCCUCGCCAUCCCCCAGGGCAUAAGCUAUGCCAGGCUUGCAAGCUUACCACCUAUACUUGGCCUAUAUUCUAGUUUUGUUCCACCUCUAAUCUAUUCGGUGCUAGGAAGCUCAAGGGACCUUGCAGUUGGACCUGUUUCAAUUGCCUCUUUAUUGUUGGGUGCCAUUCUUAGAGAGGAGGUCUCUCCAACCGACAAUCCUGUUCUUUAUCUGCAGUUAGGCUUAACUGCAACCUUCUUUGCAGGUGUUUUCCAGGCUUCUCUUGGUGUCCUCAGAAUGGGCUUUGUCAUCGACUUUUUGUCUCGAGCAACCCUUGUUGGUUUCAUGGCCGGUGCAGCUGUUAUAGUAUCUCUGCAGCAGUUCAAGUCUCUACUUGGGAUCAAGGACUUCACUUCAAAGAUGGACAUGGUUUCUGUCAUGGAUUCGGUCUUCAAACACCCACAUGAGUGGACGUGGCAAACUGCUGUAAUGGGAGUGUUUUUUCUUCUAUUUCUUCUCAUGGCACGUUACAUUAGUCGGAAGAAAACCAAAUUUUUCUGGAUUUCAGCAGCUGCUCCAUUGACCUCAGUGAUUCUAGCUACUGUCUUCAGCUUCAUUUCGAGGUCGGAGAAUCAUGGCAUAAGCAUUAUUGGUCACUUGCAGAAAGGACUGAAUCCAAUUUCAACAAACAUGUUAUUCUUUCAUGGUCCUUAUUUGGCAUUGGCCCUCAAAGCUGGCCUUGUGAGUGGAUUGAUUGCACUUACGGAGGGAAUUGCAGUGGGAAGAACAUUUGCUUCAAUUAAGGACUAUCAGGUUGAUGGCAACAAAGAAAUGAUGGCCAUUGGGUUGAUGAACAUGACAGGGUCUUGUACCUCCUGCUAUGUUACAACUGGCUCUUUCUCUCGAUCUGCUGUGAAUUUCAAUGCUGGAUGCAAAAGUGCAGUAUCAAAUAUUGUAAUGGCUAUAACAGUCAUGGUGACUCUUUUGUUUCUAACUCCUCUCUUCUACCACACACCUGUGGUAGUGUUAUCAUCCAUCAUAAUUGCAGCAGUUGUUGGUCUCAUUGACUUCCCUGCAGCUUAUUUCAUAUGGAAGGUAGAUAAGGUGGAUUUUCUUGCAUGUAUGGGUGCUUUUAUGGGAGUAAUCUUCAUCUCUGUUCAAACAGGCCUUCUCAUAGCGGUGGGUAUUUCUGUGCUUAAAAUUUUACUGCAUGUAACGAGGCCUCACACUAUCCUGCUUGGCAAUAUUCCUGGAACUUCUUUAUACAGAAACAUGGAGCAAUACAAGGAAGCUCUGAGAGUGUCAGGGUUUCUCAUUCUUGGCAUUGAAUCACCAAUUUAUUUUGCUAAUUCCUCCUACCUUAGAGAAAGGAUACUGAGAUGGGUACAGGAUGAAGAAGAGCGAACAAAGAAGGAAAAGGAGAACACAUUGCAGUAUGUCAUAUUGGAUAUCACAGCUGUGACCACUAUUGACACCACAGGCAUUAACGGUCUUCUGGAGGUGAAGAAGACUUUGGUGAAAAGAGACCUUAAAGUGGCUCUCGUAAAUCCUGGGUCAGGAGUAAUGGAUAAACUUCAAAGAGCAAACAUGAUAGAGAGUUUUGGUCAGGAUUCGUUCUAUCUAACUGUGGGGGAAGCUGUUUCUUCACUUUCUUCUGUCUUCAAGCAAGAGGCUUGACAUUGAGUUUUUACAGGCUAACUGUUUUUUUCAUUGAAGAAUUUUUACAGGAUUAUUCAGCAAGAAUAAUCUAUCUUUUUUGACUCAAAUAAGAGGCUUAGGCAGAUUAUUCAGCAAGAAUAAUCUAUCUUUUUUGACUCAAUAAGAGGCUUGACAUAUAUUAUAGAGGCUUUAUCAUAUGCAUAUAUUCAAGUCACCCAAUAGGUGAGCAUAGUCUCAAAUAUAUAAAAACUAUAAUCAAUAAUAAUAUUAACAGCCAACUCCAGAUUAUUAUUGGUUUCA